GGCGCGGGGGAGGAUGCACCAGUGCUGCUCCGUAGGGAAUCGACGCUGCGAACGGUCCCGAAUUCCCCCAAACCCCUCCGCGCUGCCGUGCCCUCCGCCCCGGCCCCUCCCGCACGGGCUCCGCCGCCCGCCCGGGGGCCGUCCAGGCGGAGAGACCGGGCCGCCUCCGCUCCGCCGGCCGAGGGAGCAGCGCCGUGCCCCGGCUGCGGCAGCGGGAAGGGCCCGGGGGAGCCAUCCCCAGGGAGACGGGAACGCGAGAAUCAAGAGCUUGAGAUGCUGGAAAAAGAAAUGUUUCUAAUGUGGGAAUCUAUCUACAGAACUAUUUGAAGGAUCUUUUCCAGGCUACAAGCACAUGAAACAAUAUUGAAAAGUGCAAUUGCUCAAGAGAGUGUGGGAUAUUCACGUUUAUAUUAAUGGCAGCAUUGAUGAUUGGACUAAAACCCAGUGGAGAGAGAUUAAUGUGGAACAGAUGGAUGUGCAGCUCAGAAGGUUUGCCAAGCUCUGCAGAAGAAAAUUUCUAUGGGACAAGAGAAAUAUGAAGUAAAAAGAACAACAAAGACUCCCCAGACUAUUUGCAGGACACUACAGGUACUCACAGACAGCACAGUGGUUGAAUACAAAGUCUUGAACCUAACAGGUCAGGCUUUCAGUAGCAGAAGACCUUCUCAGGUCUUCUGGGACUCCAGUUUCAUAAAGGUAGAAGAUGAAGUCCAAAGUGUAGCUGUCAAUGCUGUGCAUGAGUUGAGUACUGAAAAGAUGCAAGCGAUUCUGAAAAGUAAAUAUGUGCAGUUGGUGACUGACAUAACAAAUAAAGAAAAUGUGAUGGAAGCUAUGAAAAAGCCAAAGGUGUAUGAAAGCUCUGAAGCUCUGCAGCAGAGGUAUGCCACAGAUGGGAUGAUGUCCAGAAACAGUUUUGCCAACAUUUGUGAUGCUCAGUUUCAGUGCUUUUAUGAGUACUUGGGAAAUACCCCUUGGCAAGUUAUUACACCUUUGACUGACAGGCUCUCCACCUAGCAGUGAGUGGUGCUCCUGCAGGACCAGCUGGUGCAGAGAAGACAGAGACCAUGGAAGAUUUAGGCUGUGCCCUUGGUAUGAUGGUGAAAAUUUUCAACUUUUCAGAAUACAUGGAUGACAAGGUGAGAUGUUCUGUUAAGCAGUAUGGAGGUUGUUUAGCUUCUUUUUCAUGUGAAUUGCACUGGAAACUUCUGCUUUCAAGAAAAAUAUGUUAAAUAUUUUCAUUUUAGUCUGUAGGGAAUAUCUUUAAAGGUUUAGUCCAUUCAGGAGCUUUGAAGAAUUCAGUCAUCUCUUGGUGGAA